ACCGGAAGUGCAGAAACGCGGAUGUGCUUUGUUGUUGUUCCUACUCAGCUGUCAGCUGUUCUCUGCAGAUGUAGAUUUAUAAUAGCAGCAGAGAGAGGAAACAGUCGCUCACCAGAGGAAGAAGGUGUUUUCCUCUGGAUCGUCGUCAUGGAGGAGCCCACAGCCUCCGGGGUGUUCUGCGGCCGGAUGCUGAGCAUGGUCAACUCCGAAGACGUCAAUGCCAUCAUCCAGGCUCAGAGACACAUGCUCGACCGCUUUGAGAAAACCAACGAAAUGCUGAUCAACUUCAACGGGCUGUCAAACGUGCGACUGCAGCAGAUGAACGAGCGCUUCCUGCUCCACACACGAACGCUGGUGGAGAUGAAGAAAGAUCUGGACAGCGUCUUCAGACGGAUCAGGACACUUAAAGGGAAGGUCGCUAAGCAGUACCCAGAAGCUUUCAGCAAUAUCCACGAGUCACCGAUUCCGGAGGACGACGAUGACGAGUUUGACCCAGUUCCCCACAGUGUCCCCACAACGAUCACCACGGCCACCUCGGAGCAGAGCACAGAGUCAUGUGACACGAGUCCAGAUGUGAUCUCCCCCACUGUGAGCAGAUGCUCAGAAGAUCUCUCUCAAGAGCCGCCUGACACGCCCACCUCCGACGUCCCAGAGAUGGCCGUCUUACAGGACGAAGGGCCUGACUCUGUACCUGCGGAAUAGAGCGAACACUUUGAAUGGAUGUCCGGCACUUGAAGUUGAGCUUCAACCUUAAAGCGAUCUUAGCAGGAAAGUCGUGUUGUAUUUAUGUUGGUCUUCAUGAUGAUUGGUCACUUUUCCAGUCACACUUGAUGUAUUUGUUGGAAAGAGCUUCACAGCCUUGAUCGUCGAGGUGGCUGUGAACUGUCUCUGAGGAUGCUUGUCAUGCUUGUUUGUUUUUUUGCCUACUCAGCACUGAAAUAAUGCACAUUAUACUUGAAGUUGUACAGUAUGUCACUAUGGAUACACAUGUCUUAUUCACACAAGAGUAAAAGCCCUCACUCCUUA